CGCCGUGGGUUCGUCGGUCGCUUCUUUUUUUUUCUUCGCUCGCGCGGACGUUUCAGCGCGUGCUUCGACCUGCCGUUCAAACUCCUUCCCAUGACAACCUCGUGUCCGUUCGACGCAGCCCGGCCUGCCCGGCACCCGUUUACACGCCAUCGCGUUGAACGUCACGUUUCGCCCCGCGCUCGUCACGUUACGCCCGUAAAUUACGUUACGAUCGUCGCGAUCCGCCGCGAUCAAUUAUAUGCCCUCGGCUCGACGUGACGCACGUGAUGUGUGUGUAUUUUACCUCUGUGUGCUCCCUUUUCUUUAAGGCUACCCUCGACGAAGCUCCGAUCAGGUCGAUCGAUUGACGAUUGAUUCAACCGGCAGAAUGCUGCUUUUUGCAACACAAUUCGGCGAUUCCCGAUCGGAUCUUUUUCCUUUUCCAUUUAAUAGCCAAAAGAUUGAUAAUUCCGUUCGCCUGAACAGAUAUUUGCUCGACAAGUCGAUCGCCGGUUAAGUUAAUCGGAAGUUUCGGAAUUACCGGAGUCACCCUCAGUUUCGCGUGUCGAAAUCUCUCCCUCGCUCCUCCCUUCUGCAAAUUUAUAUAUUGAAUAUAUAUACGUACGCAUACAUGAAUACUAAUUUUAUUUACACGCAAGCGAGAGAAAUAGAUGCACCGAACAUUGCGCUGUGUCAUCCCGCUCCGAAGUGGUUAUGGACAGCUGAACUGCAUUUCAGACAAUCGCAGGAUAAUCUCGAAAAGAUUAAUCUGAAAGUGCGUUCGGGCUCCCCCCACCUGAAUGCACCUGACCACCCCAAAAAAAGGCGUUCGAAUUUUCACUUGGAAGCACUCUGAUGAGUUUCUAGUCCAAAAGCACCAUAAAGUAAAGUUCCGUGAAGUACCCUAAAAGUAUAAAGUAAAAUUUCGUCUCCUGAAGUACCUUCUAAAAACGAGGUCCACUCUCCCAUCCAACGAUUAUUACUAUUGAACGAGGAGUCUGAAAACGUAGAAAGAAAGAAAUUUUUCUUUCUUGAAAAAAGGAAAGGUAUUAUAACUGCACCUACCAAAAUGAAUUAUGCUACAUACAACACUGUGAAGUGAAUGCGUGUACAGCUGGGCCUUCAACAGGACAGGAAUUAUAAGCUGUGAUUAUAAGCAUGACGUCGAGAACUAUAUGCGUCGCUCAAGAAGGACCGGCAAAUGCCUUAGCCCUUAACAAAGAUAACAGCCAGGUUGUGAUAGCCGGUCGCAAUGUUUUCAAAAUAUUCACAUUGCUGGAGGAUAGGUUUGAAGAAGCUUGCAAUCUUCGUGUUGGAAAAAAUCUCAACCUGAAUUUUUCUUGCAACGAUGUUGCUUGGAAUCUUAAUGAUGAUCAUAUACUCGCGACUGCGGCGACAAACGGUGCGGUCGUUUUGUGGAACCUGAACAGGCAGUCUCGAUCGAAACAGGAUCACGUAUUCGUAGAUCACAAGAGAACCGUGAAUAAAGUAAGCUUCCACAUGACGGAACCCAUGUGGUUGAUAUCUGGCUCGCAAGACGGUACCAUGAAAUGCUUCGAUCUGCGAAUAAAAGAGGCUAUCAAAACUUUUUAUAGUAACACGGAAUCUGUGAGAGACGUCCAAUUUUGUCCGCAACAACCUCACACCUUUGCCGCGGUGUCUGAGAACGGUCAUGUACAGCAGUGGGAUAUGAGAAAACCGGAUCGUUACUUUCAGCAUUUCACCGCGCAUAGUGGCCCGAUAUUCGCCUGCGACUGGCAUCCGGAAGCUACUUGGCUUGCCACAGCGUCCAGGGACAAAACUAUCAAGGUUUGGGACUUAUCGGGUAAACCAAGUUGCGACUACACCAUACACACUAUCGCCUCAGUGGGACGUAUAAAGUGGAGACCUCAGAAAAAGUAUCACAUAGCCAGCUGCGCUCUAGUCGUCGAUUGCAGCAUAAACGUAUGGGAUAUUCGCAGACCGUACAUUCCAUUCGCGAGCUUCAACGAGCAUAAAGACGUUCCCACGGGUGUGGCAUGGAGAGGCAACCCGCAAUCGUUCCUGUCAACGAGCAGAGACUGCACUUUGUACCAUCACGUUUUCGACGAUGCAGUAAGGCCGGCCAGCAAAGCGAAUCCACAGAGCGUUGCAAUAAAUCUGAAACAUGAUAUUACAUGCGCUUCUAAGGUGAAAUAUGAACCAGCGAGUAUUGCGAGACAGCUAAGUUAUCUAAUGAGGAGAACGCCUGUUACAAAUGAUGACACCUUCUGCAUGGCUUUAAGUGUAAUGCAUAGAUUCCGUGGAUGUGUACAAAAGCCGAAUUGGUUCAAGGUAGCCGCAGAGAAUUAUUUGCUUUCUGGAAAUUUCAGUGAAGCCUGCGAUCACAAUGCACGCGUUGCACACGACUUUGGUAACUUUGUUGUUAGCAAAGCGUGGCAAAUCUUAAAAACCAUGUAUACAGAUCCGUUCGAGAUACUCCAAAAGAGUGCACCGACGGCGCCUAAAGAAGACAUAGCGAAUACGUCGAAUAUAGUACCGGGAGUAACAAAGAGCUCCGGCAUGGAACAAUCAAACGCGAGUAAACAAUCAAGUCACGAACAGGACGCGAAAUCCCUUCAAGGGGAAAAUGCUGCGGGCGCUGCCAGUGGCGGUGACGAUGAGACUGAAACGGAAACUGAAGCGCCGGAGAAUCAAAAUAUCAUGGGACCGUCGACUAAUACGGAAACUGUUCUGCCGAGGAGACCGUUGCUCAGCGAUAUACCUUCGACGUCGCGAGGCGACUUUAUCUUCGGCGAGACCGAAUACGAACCCGUGUCUCUGGAGCAUCCCGGCGAAAGUAGGCAAACUGUGAUGCGCAUGGAGGACGACGAUUGGACCAAGGAGCUGCAGAAGGAGGCGUUUCCUCUACGGCACGAGAUCAAGGAUCGGUCCCCGCCACCGGAACAAUUUCCCAAUCAUCCUCCCGAUCUCAGCGAGAAUUCAGCCUCCGUUAUAGUCGAGGAUCAACCUCAGUUGGUAGUUCCGGUCCUACCUAAGCCUCAGCCCUUUAAUUUUACACCUCUGGUUCUGGAGGGGCUGCGCUAUCACACGGCAAUCAGAGAUGUACAGACGACGGUGUCGAUGCUCAUCGUCCUAGGAGAAAUAAGGAAAAAGUUGAACAUCCCCGUAGCUUUGCAGGAACAUUGGAUAUUAGAAUACUUGGACAUGCUCGGCAAAUUUAAGCUCUGGCAUGUGGCUACACAGAUAAUACAAUUGUCGUGGAUCCCUUCCAUAUCGCAAUUGAAUCAACAGUCGACUACGAUACACGCGUGUUGCGUAGCAUGCACAAAAUCACUGCAACGAUCCGGAUGGUUGUGCGAUCAUUGUCAUACGCCCGAGCACGCUUUGUGCUCCCUUUGUAAUCAGGUAGUACGUGGUGUUUACGUAUGGUGUCAAGGUUGUGCGCACGGAGGUCACAUUAAUCAUAUGAGAGAAUGGUUUAAUAACAAUCGACAGUGUCCUACUGGUUGUGGACAUCUUUGCGAAUACAACUGAGGAAAUACAUCGACAUUUAUUAUACAUGUUAGAACUGAAUAAUUUUUAGUAAAACACUACAAUAUGUGAAAAUAUCGUGACAAGAAUGGAGCAUAAGAGCUCCCGUACAAAUUAGAUUUUGUAUAUAUAUAUAUUAUAUAUGCAAACUAUGUAUGCAUAUAUACAUUAAAUAGGAGAAAAUUGUUGAAAAAAAUGUAAAAAUUUAUAGGAAUGGUAAGAUAUAUCACACAUAAUUUUAAAUGUAUUAUAUCUUAUUCAAUUUCAGAUAAGAUAUGUUAAUGAAUUCAAGUAAAUAUAUAUUUUACUAGCCUGUUAUAUGUAUAAAAA